UCUGAUGAGUCUGGACCGGAAGUUGCAGGGCGGAAGUGGACCGAAAACCUCAAGAAGCCUCGCGGCUCCGGUGACACCUCCAAAUUUCUUCGGCGGAGAAGUAAUACGUUUCUACAGCUCUUGUGUCUUGAAUAUGGCAGAUUGCACGGGCCCCAAAAAGAAGAGGAGAAAACCUUCCGCCACGCGCGAGACUCGCGUGGGCCUCGGGUCGGCCUUCGACCAGUGGCGUAAGAUCAAAGUGGCGAAGGGAUACGGGUCCGAUGCGGAGAUGGCCUGGAACCUGCUGGGCAUAAUGAACCGGACGGCAGCUUCCUCCACAGCCGCCAAUGAGAAGAUCAGAUGUUCCCAAUCCGAAGUGCAGACGCUGGUUGAGCAGGAGGUCCACGCGGCGGUGCAAGGGAGAGAAGCCAACCUGCAGGCCUUAAUAGAAACCGUUCAACAGCUGGAUUGCACCUAUGAGAGCUCCAUCCAGAAGCUGCAGGCUCAAAUUACCAGGGUAACCAGGAGAGCCGAAGCAGCCAUUGCCUUCAUGACAAAGGAACAGACAAAGAGCCCAACGCCAUCUCUGGAUAAGAUGAAGACCAACGGGGCCGGCUCCGAGGGUGAAGCCGGGGGAGUCGCGCCUCAGAAGACCAACAAGAAGAGCAAGUGCAGAAGGCUCGUUAAAAUAAUGGAAAACACGAAAGAGGCCCUAAAUAAGCUGCAGGUUGAUAAUGAAGCCUUGAAGGUUGCCAGAGCAGAUUCAAGUGAGGAGCAGCCUCCUCCGGUUCUUACCCCUUAUGGUUCGCCUAAGGGCAAGGAAAAUGCCUUAAAGACGGAGCCAAGAAUUAAGCAGGAAACCCAGAAAAGUGUUGAGAACAAGCCAGAGGAGCCCAAGGGGAGGGAGGAGCCAAUGCAGUGGGAGGAGCCAGAGCAGAGGGAGGAGACAAUUAAGGGGGAGGAGCCCAAUGAGAGGGAGGAGACAAUUAAGUGGGAAGGGCCAGAGCAGAGGGAGGAGCCCAAGCAAAGGAAGGAGACAAUUAAGUGGGAGGGGCCAGAUCAGAGGGAGGAGCCCAAGCAGAGGGAGGAGACAAUGAAGUGGGAGGGGCCAGAUCAGAGGGAGGAGCCCAAUCAGAGGGAGGAGACAAUUAAGUGGGAGGGGCCAGAUCAGAGGGAGGAGCCCAAGGCUAGCCCGGUGAAAGUGGAAUUUCUCCCUCUUCGUGAGAGCUGCAGCCCAGAGUGCAAGGUCUCUGAGAAGGUCUCUGAGAAGUUUGCUGAGAAUGUCUUGGAGAAGGGUUACAAGCUCCUGUACCCCCCUCUCCCUCCGAAUAACUUCCCCCCCAGCCUGAAAAUGAAGGCGGCCUCGUACAGCAUCCCCCAAAGACUGCAAGUACACGUGGCCCUCAUCCGGAACCCCGCUGGCCUCUCGGUGCUCUGGACCGUGGAGGAGGACGAUCCGUUCGGACCCCCCAUGGCGAGUUACAGCGUCUUCAUGACGGCGGAGAAGGUGAAGGACAGCAACGAGUUCCCGGAGUGGACCCGGGCCGAGGUGGAGGCCAAACCUCUGCCCAUGUGCAUGAUGAUCAGCAAGUACAAGCCGGGGCGCAAGGUCUGCGUGGCCGUGGUGGGCAGAGACGCCUUCGGCCGGUACGGACCGUACAGCAAGGUCGUCACCGCCUUCCUCCCAGACUAGUGAGGAGGAGGAGGAGGAGGAGGAGGAGGAGGAGCUCCUUCUUCAGGACUUUUACAUGAAACAAUGUUUUCGUGGGCCUAAAUGGUGAUAACUGGUGUCCAGUGAUGGUACUUUACACUGGUUUCUAUAGUAACACUAUAAACAGCCACAGAGAAGAGCCUCCCCUCUCGGCUCUGCAUGUCUGGCACUCCGUGUGGAAUGUAUUAUUGAGUUGUCACUUUGAGGUCCAAAUGUUUGAGUGAAUGCGGAACUAUUGAAUUAUUUCACGAGCCGUUAUCUUUGACCGCUUGAAUGUCUUUUUUUGUUGUUUUGUUUUGUUUAUAUGAAUUAAAAAUCUCACACUGGAUGAAGCAGAUUGACACAUAUUAUAGAGGUUUCGAUGACUCGAGUCGUGUGCACGUGUACGUAUCUCAUGCAGGAUUGUUUGAAGACAUAUUUUGAGAUUCAUGGCCUUCGGUCGAAAGGUCCACUCUGACAUCGACGUGCGGCGGUUUGUUUUCUCGUGUUUCACAACUCUCACCUCUGCCUUUUUGCUCCGAAGUACAAAGCUCUAAUUUCUGCUGGAAUUUGUUGUUUGUAACUAUUCAAUAAAAGCGAGU